UUUUAAACUUGUCAAACACCAACAUAAUAGAAAUAUUACUUUAAGAAGAAGCCAUCUAAUGUAAUUGAAAAAAAAAAAAAAAAGAGAAGAAGAAAAUACAGGAUUCUCGGAUCUUACCUCUCCUACUUAACGAUAGACAGAGAUGGUGUUUAUCAAAGGAGAUAACCCUGAAGCAAGAGUGCUCUAUGCUUUAGUUGGUGCUACUGGCCAACUGAACGGCAAGAUUUUUGCAGAGCAAAACAGAAUAGUAAGAGUGGCUGAGAGUAUUGAGGGUGGGAAGAACUGCAUCUCUAGCUUUGAUCUCUUUCGAGAGUCACAGUAGAUAAGAUGCAGGAUUCACACCCACUUGUAUACAUAAACAAUAAUUGCUUGGCAAGGUCUAAAAUUGAUUGGGCAAAGCAGGAAAGUCAAGUCGACCACAUAUGGCAGGUAGGACUUAAUUAAUGUAGAUUACACAAUUAUACACUUUCAAUAAUGAAUUAAAUAUUGUGCUCGAGUUGUCGAAUUGCUCAACCAUAUCCGGCUCUCAUUUAUUCUGCCUUGCAUUUUUUAAGUCUUGAUUUAUAUUUUUUAAUUAAUUAAUUAGAGAAAUAAAAAUAUUAGAAAUAA